AUGUGGCACGAAGCAAGAAGGCAGGAAAGGGCUGUUCGCCACAAAUUGGUUGACGGUGCAAAACGACAUGAGCGCAGAAGGCAAUUCUACGAGAGUGUGAGACGUGACCCUAAUGAGUUCAUGCAAGUUCAUGGCCAGCAUAUGCCUAUUCACGUCGAUCCCGUAAUUGCCGAGGCUGCUGAAUCUCCCAAUAUUUUGAGGAAAUGGCAAGGAGACGACAAUAUAUUAAUUGACCGUUUUGAUGUACGUGUUCAUUUGGAGCAGAUACAGGAUCCGCCUUCUAAACAGGCAAAAAGGAAUUUUGAGAGCAAUUUUCUGGCUCAAAUUGCAGCAAAAGAAUUUUGGCCAUCCAAGGGUUCUUCACCUUCUUCAACAUAUAAAAAAGAGCGAGAAAAGAAAAAGAAUUCUGAUAAACGUGCUGCUAUUGCUUUCUCCUAUGGAAAUUCCGAGGUUGUCAGGAAUUCGAAUACCAGUAAAGAUUGGAAGGAGAGACGAAUAAAUGAUGCAACCAUGAGCAGCUCUGAUGAUGAUGAACCUGAAGAAAUGGAUCCCGUCGUUGAUACUUCUAUACUAAAUGCAGAGUCUUUAGCCUUUUUGAAUAAAAUUGGUACUAAAUAUAAUAUUACAUCUGGAGCUUUUCUACAGCUUUUGAGUUUGGAUCAAAAAGAGCAAACGUCAACCGCUGAAAUUAAAGAAAUUGAUAAGGCUAAAUCGGCGUUAUCAGGUCGUCAUGCAAAAGCUGACAGAGCUGUUCUUAAAAGACGACGGGCAAUGAUCAUCGGAAAUUUGGGAUCUACAUUGGUAUCCAAUGAAGAAGCAACAACCACACUUUUGAGUUUUCUUUCAUCUGCUAAUAAAAAUUCAUUAAAAGAGGAAACGUCUUCAAGUGAUUCUGGAGAGGAUUUUGAAAGAACAGAGUUUAUUACUUGUUUUGGUGAAGACGAUGAGAAAAAUGUUGGUAAAAGGAAUAUGAUGUGCGGUCCUGAUGAGAAUGAUGGUGAAAAAGGUGUUGUGCAUGGUCCUGUUUUGCCAACAAAGGAAUACAGGCGACUUUUGGAACUAUCAAGACGAAAAUCUAUCAGCCCCGACUCUCAAUGGAAUCGUCAUCAAAGUGAUUCUAAAUGCGGGAGAAGAUAUUCACGAUCUUCUAGUCCACAUUCCCCGCGUAAGAAGCGAAGAUCUCAUUCUCGCUCUUCAUCUACUUCCUCUCGAUAUCUAAGGAGAUCAAAUUCUGGAAGAUAUGCCUCUUCAUCUCAUAGAGAACACCGUGAUUCAAACCGAACGAGAACAAGUUACCGGAAGAGGCGUUCAUCAUCUCGCCGACGCAAGAGUUGUUCAUCUUCCAGUUCGCCUUCUUCUAGAAGAACUAAUUCAAAUAAGAAUUCUUCGGGUCAUAAACGCAUUAACGGAAAUGAGUCAAGUAAUACUUCUUUUAAACAAUCUUCACAUUUGGCUAAUUCAAAUGAUAGUUCUUCAUCGUUCAGUACCUCUGAUAACGAUUCUCCUUUAAGAAUUCGUUCAUCAAUGAGUGAAUCAGAAAAAGAGAAAAUUGAACGUGAAAACCGUAAGAGACGAAUUAGGCGAACAAAGCGUAUUGUGAAAGAACAACAAGCAACGCGAGAAUUAAACAAUCGUCAAGAUGAUGUCGAAACGAGAGCAGAAAAAGCAGCCAAAAAAUUGCGAAUUCAAAUGCGGAAUGCUUUAACUAAAACUGCCGCACAAUUGAAAGAAGAGGGAGAGCAACGGCAAAGGGAAAUAUUGCGAGAAAAGAGACAACGCGAUGAUCAAUUACUUGAAGAAUCUCGUUUACUUCGACAGAGGGAACGUGAAAAACGACGUGCAUUGGAUGAAGAACGUGAUCGUCAGAGGAGCAAGGAGCAGAGUAGUCGUCAAUCGAGUAGCACAACUAGCAACAGCAGAAGGCGUCGACGUUCAUCUUCGAGUUCUGGAAAAUGA